AUGCUUAUUUAUGAAUGUGAGAACUGUUCACACCAUUUCAACACCCAGUGUGCCUGUGAACAGCAUAUGAACAACACAGAUCACUGGUUGCCAGAGUUUGAGUGCGAGACAUGUUCACAUCCAUUCAAAACUCAGCGUGCUUGUGAACAGCACAUGGAUGCUCUUGGGCAUCAAGAACCCAAGGUCCCAUGCGAUCAUCUUAACUCCAGAAUCCACCGCGGUGCCAGUGUCCCCUGCCAUUUCUGCGGCAAGAAGUACACUUCAGCAAGCAGCGUUACUCAUCACCUUGAACUGGGUUCUUGUCGCUGCGCCAAAGGGGUGAAUCAUACUUCCAUCCUCCAUGCUAUACAACAACGUGACCCACAUCACAUCAUUACCGACAAACAGAUUGAAUGGUACAAGGAGGAUGUGUCAAAAUACCUAGCCACAGACCUCGCAUACAAUGGUUUCUUCUGGGAGUGCUAUCUAUGUCACGCCGAAUUUGGGACAAAAGGUGCUCUGAAUGCGCAUAUCAACUCGCCCGCGCACAGUCAGAGGAUCUCUGCCCAUGAAAAUCUGCUCGCAACACCAAAGUGUACCAACAUGAUUGAUCCCGCAGAUAUUUACGCGAUUCUUUUAUUGGCGGAGCAGGUCUAG